AUGACAAGCGAGAACCAGAUUGACCAUACAAUGAAAGUUAUCCUUGUCGGGUCUAGCGGCGUUGGAAAAACAAGUUUAAUUAGUGCAUAUUUCAAAAAUCCUUUCGAAAACAAUGAUCUACCAACAGUUGCCCCCGCCUCAUGCAGUGCGGUAGUCCAGGUUGAGAAAAAGAAAAUUGAACUCCAAAUUUGGGAUACUGCUGGACAGGAGCGUUUCCAGGCAAUUUCACAGAUGUUUUAUAGAGACUCGCAUGUUGCUUUCGUUUGCUUCGAUCCAAAGAGGACUGAUCAAGUCGAAAAUUGGGUAAAUAAAAUCAGAACAGAGGCUCCAGAUUGCUUAGUUUACUUGGUUGCUACAAAGAGUGAUAUUCUUACACAAGAGGAAAUUAACGAAAUUAACCAAAUGGCACAAGAUAUGACACAAACUUAUCAUGCUGAAGCUUUUAUUUUAACAUCAGCUAAAACAGGAAAUGGCGUUCAAGAUUUAUUCGAAUCUGCUGCCCGUUGUUAUCCUCAAAUAUUUAAAGCAAAUACACCAAAGCAAGAACCUCAGCAGCUUACACCAUCCAAGCGCGAAAAGUGCUGCUAA